GUCUAUUGAAAUUUGUGCAUAUAUUUUGAAUAAUCAGAGAUUUGAGGGGUAAUGGCUAGAUUAUUAUCAUCAAACACGUUGUUGAGGGCCAUCGCCACUCUCCCAGCUGCUCGUUCUAAUAUAAACGUGAUUGGAUCCUUCUACCAGAAUGGGUUGAAAUACUCAACUGUUCCCCGUGAGCCCGAUAUAAAUGAUGAGUUUAGACUGACAAAUAAGGUUCAGGAUUCUGCUGCUGUUUCUUUUAAGGAUAUUGUUGAGCAGGAUGUCAAGGAAAACCCUGUGAUGAUUUACAUUAAUGGGGUACCUGAUUUUCCUCAAUGUGGAUUCAGCUCUUUGGUUGUUAGAGUAUAUUCCUUUAAGUGCAAGAAAUAUCCUGAGCUGAAAAGUGCUAUCAAAGCCUUCAGACUCUUUGUUUGCGUUUGGUUGAAGCAAAAGUAUGCGCAAUGA